AUGAAAAUUAAAGAUAUCACACGUACUUCCACGUUUGCCUGGAGUUCAGACGUGAUCCCCUUGUUGGCUACCGGCUCUGUCGCCGGAGCGGUAGACUUGGACUUUUCGGCGUCGUCCAGUCUUGAGAUAUUUGACGUCUUUGUUGCUGGUCACGAACCAAUCUUCAGUGCCACAUUAGAGAACAAGUUUCAUGCUCUCGCGUGGCUGCAGCCUUUUGGCAACUACGCUAGAGGUUUGUUGGUGGGUGCUUUCGAAACUGGUCUUGUGGAAUUUUGGGACGCCGAAAAACUCAUCAAAACCAGGUCCUUGGAAGGUUCUUCCGUCUUUAAAUCUUCAAAACACACCGGUGCAGUCAAGUGCUUGGCAUUCAACCCUCACCAAAAACACAUUCUCGUGUCUGGUGGUCAAAAGGGAGAAAUACUCAUUUGGGAUGCUUCCACUUUUUCUGAACCGUAUUCCCCGGGAAGAUCCAUGGUCCCAUUGGAUGAAAUUACAUCUGUGGCUUGGAACAACUCCAAAUCUCAUAUUUUGGCUUCUACUUCAAGCAGUGGUUAUACCAGUAUUUGGGAUCUGAAAGCUAAGAAGGAGUUGUUGCACAUGCUGUACAACGGCCCUCUCGGUAAGGCAGAUUUUUCCCAAGUCGCUUGGCAUCCACACCAAUCUACAACAUUAGUCACCGCCAGUCAGAGUGAUACAUGCCCUGCAAUAAUGAAGUGGGAUUUGAGGAACAAUAAUGAACCAGAAAAGGUUCUAAUGGGUCAUGAAAAGGGCGUCUUGUCUUUGGACUGGUGCUCCAGAGAUGACGGUCUUUUGCUUUCUUCUGGGAAAGACAACUCAAUGAAGUUGUGGAACCCUAUGACAGGAGAGAAACUUGGCGACUUUGCUCCCGCCGCAAACUGGACAUUUUUAGCUCGCUUCGCCCCUCGUGCACCUGACGUGAUCGCUUCCGCUUCCUUCGACGGGAAGAUUGUCGUUCAGUCGUUACAAGACACAUCCCCACCAGUUACCCAGAAUGUGAAGUCCGCUGACGAUAAUAACUUUUGGGAGAAUCUUUCUACUAAUGAGCACCUGCAACCUCUGUUUGUUUUAAAGCAAGCACCACAGUGGCUCAAAAGACCUUGCUCUGCAUCAUUUGGCUUUGGCUCAAAGCUUGUUACCGUUAGAACGGUGAACGGCAAGUCCUCGGUAAGCAUCUCCAAUAUGGUGGGCGGAAAGACACUCAUUGCUGACAAACUUACUGAGGCUCUCAGAAACGAUGACUUCUCUGAACUCAUAGCUGAAAAGAUCAGAGAGCACCCUACUGACGUAUCUGAUUGGCAAAUCUUAGAUAAUUUGUCGAAGCAUGGAAAGGACCAUUUCCUCAAGGAUAUCUUGGAAGGUUCAAAGUUAGACUUAGACGACAAGCCAGCUCCAUCUGAUAUACCCGACAAAACUGAUAAUGCAGACGAGGAUGACUUUUUCGCAAACUUGUCCAAUGACGUCAAGAAGCAGUCUCUUGCCUCUGCUGAAGCAUUUGCUCCUAGCGGUCCUUUCAAAAUUUUGAGUGAUUCUGACGGGGAACAGGAUGCCGUUUUGGCAAGGCUUAUCUUAUGCAACAAAAUCAGUGAGGCUGUUGAUAAAUGCUUGGAACAGGGCAAGUUGUUGGAAGCGUUAGUUCUUUCCUUAGAUCAGGAUGAGAGCGUGAAGAGCAAAGUGAAAGCGCGCUAUUUCAAGGAAACUCAUUACGAUGUCUUGUCUCGUUUGAUCUACUCGGCAUCUUCGAGAAGUGUCGUUGACCUUGUUGCCAACGCUGAUAUCACAAAUUGGAAGGAGAUUGCAUCGAGCAUAUCCGCUUACUGCACAGACAAGACAGAAUUCAAUGCAAAGAUUGUCGAGCUUGGCGACCGUAUCCUAUCAGCAAACCAAUCUCCUGCAGACCGUCGGAAUGCAUUGGAAUGCUACUUAGCCGGCGAAGCAUUAGACAAAGUUGCAGCCCUUUGGUUGAGAGAGCUUCCAUCGGAAACUCUCGCUGGCAUCAGUACCGAAGAUGCUACUCCUUUAGAUGCCAAGUUUGCUACGUUAAGCGGCUUCGUGGAGAAGCUUUCAGCUUACCGUUCUCUUUCCAAAAUCACUAGCCCACUUUCAGGACCUGCAAUCGAGCCAACUUGCAAUGCCAUCUUUGAAUUCGCAACAUUGGCAUCUACCAGCGGAAAUUUUGAACUAGCCCGUGCAUUUUUAUCUAUUCUUCCAGAGAACUAUGAUGGCCUAGUGGCAGAGAAGGAGCGUAUUAACAAGGCGACUGAGCUUCCAGCGCAAAAGGUUACUCAGGGACGUGGUAGAAUCACAAGUGGCGUCCAGAAUGGUAGAUAUGGCGCUAAAUCCCCUGCAAAGCCGUUCAACCCUUUGGCGAACAACGCAACUCCAGCUUUCAACGGUGGGGCUCCUGGUGCACCAUACGCUCGUCCCCCUCCGGCAGCCGGAAUGCAACAGAAGUAUGGUUCCAUGCCUCCCGCAACCGCAUCCUCUGUUCAACCUCCUCGUACACAAGCGAAUCCAUAUAGCAGAAGCUCCUCCUUUGCUAGGCCUGCUGCGGCUGCGGUGGCUCCGCCUGUCAAUGCUUAUGCUCCACAACCUCAUGAGAAUCCGGUCGGUGUGCCACCAUUUGGAAAUGCAGCUAAUCCUUACACACCAGUGCAGCCAGCAUACUCUACCUUUUCCCCACCAACCUCUUCACUUUCAGGACCAAAUGUGAAGGAAGAAACUGAUGGAUGGAACGACUUGCCCGACUCCUUCAAAGCGAAGUCGACAGCUAGACGUGGCACGCCCGCAGCAGCAGCUGUGGUUUCCCCAAGGGCUCCAGCACAACCAUUGGCAUCUGCUUCUUCGGCUCCCCCUAUCAGAAAAGCUCAGCCUCAGACUGCCCCUUCAAUGGGACCACCACCACCACGGGCGUCCUCAAGACAACCCUCGCAAGCUAGCAGCCCAAGAAGGACCCCUGCCACACGCCAAGCUUCCAUGAAUCAUAAGUAUGCUCCACCUCCAAAUGCUAUUCAAAUGCCUCCGCAGAAUGGGUUGUCGGCGACUGGAAGUAAGGCGAGUACUCCACUGGGUCCACCAAAGAAUCCCUACGCUCCUCCCGCUAAUGCAAACCCACCACCCCCCAAGGUUUCGGCUGUUCAACCACCAACUCAAAAUUUCUCUACAGCUGUGUCACUGAACACCAUUUCGCAGACUCCGGCUCAACCUCCAAGCAAUCCAUAUGCGCCAACGCCAACAGGUUCCGCUCAACCCCGUAGCAACCCGUAUGCGCCACCGCAAAAGCAAGCAUCUCAACCUCCACAGAAUCCUUAUGCUCCUUCAUCGGGUGCUAGGGGUCCAAACGGUCAGUACUCUACACCGGCGUCCGCUCGCACAAGCAGAAAGCCAUCGAUGGGAAAUGUCUUGGGUCCUCCACCCUCUAGGCCACAAGCUAAGACCGGAUCACCAUCUGUAGGACCACCGCCUACCAAAGCACAAGCACAAGCACAAGCACAAGCACAGUCUCAUGCUCCUCCCGCACCAGCUUCCGCGUCCAUGGUACCGGCGCCACAGGUGAUGGGAUCGCACGCUAUGACAGGAAAUACUACAACAGCCCCUCCUCCUCACCGUAACCCAUCGACUGCUGCAGCGCAGGCGCCAAACUCUAAUGCGCCACCACCACCUCCUCAAGCAGCACCAGCUGUUCCACCUCAAUCGGCACCGCAGACUCAAAGCUCUGCUCAACCUGCUCAGAAUGGGGACGUGGGAAGGCCUAGCCUUGCUGAUGAAGAAAUUAGGGCCAUAAUGAACACAUUCACCAAUUACAAGGACAAGAUCAAGCCUGCUGCUCCUGCAAAGUACGAGAAACACGUCAUCGACAUGGAGAAAAGACUCAACAUUUUGUUCAACCAUUUGAGAAAAAAUGAUUUGCUUUCACCAGAGACGGUGAAGAACUUGAAGGAUGUUGCCGCAUCGUUGGAGAGUAAGCAAUGGACAACGGCUUCCAAUAUAAACCUUGGUAUAUCGCAAUCGCAUCCUAACGAGACUGGUGCAUGGCACGUUGGUGUUAAGCGCUUGAUCACUUUUGCAGAAGCCUUUGAUGCUUAG